CUCACAUUUUGGCUUCCGAGCACCUCUGCUGCACCCAACCACAAAUCGUCGCCAAUGGAUGAACUAGCUCUCUCCCAACAGCAAGAACUUGUUUGGCUGUGCCAACGUUGAGGGAGGCACGGCAUCCCAGCUUUUCUUUCAGCUAGCCUUAUCCAGCGUCAUCAAGCGAGUACUCAGAGUAGAGAGUGCGAUGUAUGCUCUAUCGACUCGGAUGAGCCGGUGGUGGUAUCGGUAUGCCUGGCUCCUGUUUGCGAUCAGUACGGUAGCUGCUGAGGCGGAUACAGCAGCAUUGCGCCGGAGGCAGCUACAGGAUACUGCUGAAGAGGACAACUCGGACUCUGCACAGGAGAUUGAUCUAGAACCAGAACAUCAUUCCAAAGCCUGCCAAAGUGUCCAUCCUCUUUCCAAGAAUGCUUUCGACUUAAACUCGUACGUCGAAAAGAGUUGGUUUGUUCAAAAACAGCAGGUCAACCCUUACCAGGGGGAAGAUGCUCUGUUUUGUGUGGUUGCCACCUACAAGACUAGAGCGGAUGGAUACGUUCAAGUGCUGAACUCUGCCAACAGAGGCAGCGUCGACGGCGAAGAAAUCCGACCAAACCAGGAUGAUUUCUUUACACAGUUGUGCGCGGAGCAGCUAAGUGGUGGCAAGCUUCGAGUGGGGCCCUGCCUCUUGAACCUCGUCGCUGAUUUGAUCCACGGUCCCUAUUGGGUUUUGGCGGUCGGAGAGAAUUAUUCGUGGGCCAUUGUCAGCGCAGGGGCACCGGACCAGUACCGCAAAACCGUCAGCGGGGGCAAGAACCUUUGCACGACAAGUUCUUCGACCUGCUUUCUAGAUAUUAAUGGAUCUGGGCUCUGGCUCUUCACCCGCGAACAGGAGGCCAGCGAUGAAACGAUAUCCAUCAUGAUGGCCACAUUGAGAGAAUUAGGGGUGUACGCCGGAGAUCUGAAGGACGUGGCCCAAACGGGGUGCACCUAUCCAGACUACAUCAAGACGUAACGUAAUAACCCCACGAGUACAAGGUACUAAUUACUAAGAUAAAAAUGGGAUCAUCAUUCGG